AUGCCUCCUGCUACCGACUCAUCAUCGUCGUCGUCAACCUCUCUCCAACGUCCCGGACAUGCUCACCAAUUUCCUAGCCGUAUCCCAAUCCAACUGACUAAGGAGAAUUACCUCCUGUGGAAAUCCUUGUUCAUCUCAGUUCUGAGGGCCUCUGACAUGCUAGACCUCGCAGAAGGUCGAGAGCAGUGUCCACCACAAAGCCAAACCCUAGCUCAUACCAAUUGGAUCAAGAGGGACCAAACGUUACUAACCUGGAUCAACUCAGCUUUAUCUGUGAGCCUACUCGGACGCACAAAAGAAUUCACAAGCGGACGAGCUCUGUGGUUACACUUGGAAAACCUACUCGCUGAGGAUGCAAUGACUUAUGUAAGUGAGCUCAGGGAUCGUCUAAGAAACCUGGACGUGAAUAAGUUUCGGACGCAAACGAAAUGCAUAGAAACAGCUAAACAAAUCGCCGAUGCCCUCGAAGAGGCAGGCUCACCUGUUCAUGAUUCUGAGUUUGUUUCUUUCGUCCUGAACGGACUACCAGAUUUAUAUGACGGCUUCGUCGCCUCCAUCAUGGAUCGGCCUGAGCCUGUAACUCGAGAACAACUGCAGGAACAACUUGAUCGUCAUGUACCUGGAUCCGUUGAAAUCGCUUUCACUGGUUAUGACUGUGACAUGCUCAUUAACAAUGCUUGUGAGAGCUUCAAUGGUUGGGUUUUGAGAGCAAGGUCUAACGCCCCCUAUUACUAUGCUAGAAGAGAUAAGACUGGUUAUGACUGUGACAUGCUCAUUAACAAUGCUUGUGAGAGCUUCAAUGGUUGGGUUUUGAGAGCAAGGUCUAAGCCCCCUAUUACUAUGCUAGAAGAGAUAAGAGCAACAUUGGCGCCCCCAGCUACAGGAAAGAUGGUAAAAGGUCUUGUAAUGUGUUACACAGUAAUUUUCUUUACGUUCUACGCCACUGCAGUGUCUGGUUACUGGGUUUUUGGGAACAAGGCUAGUUCAAACAUUCUAGAGAGCCUUAUGCCAGAUGAAGGGCCUUCUUUGGCUCCAACAUGGGUCCUAGGUCUUGCUGUAGUAUUUGUUCUCCUUCAGCUUCUUGCCAUUGGCCUGGUUUAUUCUCAAGUUGCUUAUGAGAUAAUGGAAAAGAAAUCAGCUGAUGUCUUUAGUGAUGAUGUGAUUGACUAA